UUGACGGUGACCAGAAGGAGUUCGAUAGACAAAGAGAAUACCUCGAGAAGUGUAUUAAUACUCUGAAAGAGAAGCACGAGAAGGCAACUCGGGUUCACAGAGCUACGAAUACUAGAGUUAUGCAGGACAACGUGACGUUGAUCAAAGAAAUCAACAUUCUACGGAGAGAAGUAUCAUUCCUGAAGAACGAGCGAGCUGCAGAAAAGCGACUGAGUUUGCCCGAAAGCUCAGAGAUUCCUGUGUCGACGAUUGAGCAAGAAUCUACUGGAAAAUGCCUGGAUGCCGUGCAGCGCGAGGUUCGCCAUAUAUUGUAUGCCAUUGAUUCAAUCUGCAUAUAG